AUGUCCUUUCACGGAGGAUUCUCACAAUGGACCUGGCAACAGGCUGUAAAUUACACACAAACCACAUAUCUCCACCACCACCAGCAGCAGUACAGCGACAAUAUCGACCCACAACAAACUCGAAGAGAUGGAUAUAACCUCCAAGCCAAAAACCAAGAGCUCAAACAGACAAUCAGCGUCCUGCUGUGCGAGAAACACAAAUACAGAGAGGACCUCAAAGCCUCAGAACAAGCGUACCAGCUCGCGCAACAUGUGUCGUACAUUGCGCAGUCGAAUUCUGAAACCCAGAAGCACUAUUUUCACUCAGCGGAGGUAGCCUACAAUAAAGCCCAAGAGCAGACGAGGAGAUAUAGCAACUUGUUGACCGACGCGUGGGUGAAGACGAGGGCGUUGGAGGCCCAGCUUCGGUUUCGGGGGUAUACGACCAAUCAUUUGAAUGCUAUGUUGGAGGACAAGCAAGCUAUGAUCGAUGAGUAUUGGCGGCGCAUGGGGCAGCGCGAUAAUAUGUGCUGGGCUGCGGAUACCUGUGCGUGGAGGUAUAACUUGGUCGAAGAAGGUGAGAUUCUAGGGGAGAUACUCUUUCGGAUCAGUCGUGCUGCUGAUGAGAUGGAGUGUCUCUUUAGGGGCUAUCGGAAGGGUUUGACUGAUAGGAUGGAUGUUGUCUCGGAGGGUGGUGAUGGGGGAGACGCUAUGUGGCGUGCUGCUCCGCGGGCUGCAGCUGGAAAUGUCGAUUUGGCUUCUUUGGAACGCGAUUUAGAUGCCUUGAUCAAUGGUGUCUGGCCUGCUUGUGGGCUCGGUUCUGUUCGGGAGAGAAAUUUCUCGAGCAUAACAACUGAGGCCCAGGCUAGUGGCGCAGUCAACGGCACAAAUGCGCAGAUGCAAGAGGAGAGUGAGAGCGAAUACGAGCCGCCCGAAACAAUACACCAACCGUCCACCCCGGGGAAGAUGUUUGCCAGCAGCACCCAGCCGCUGCAGGUAACGGUUGUAGGUGAGUGGAUGGCAAGAUACGUCACGAGGUGGGUGGUACUGAGCAAGAGUGAUGCAGGGCGAAACAACUGGUUUCAUAUGUAUGGCACUGGAACCCAGGAUGUUUUUAUGUUCAACGGUCCGCAGGAUCCAGUCGGUCAGCCCAUAGAUCUGCAUGCCUUUAUACAAGAUGUGGAGCUUACUCAAGCAUCACAGGAAACCUUUGAUUGUGGCAUGUUCUGUGCCCUGCCAACACAAGGUCGGAUGCAAGAGAAUGGCGAACCUUGA